AUGAGGAUGAGGAUGGAGGGCGGGGAGGAGAUGCAGGGCGCCGUGGGGCUACGCUGCGCCUGGGACAUCCCGCCACCCGCUGGCACCCAGGCCAAGUGGGUGAGGCUCAAUGUGGGGGGCACUGUCUUCCUCACCACCAGGCAGACCCUGUGCCGGGAGCAGAAAUCUUUCCUCUGUCGCUUGUGCCAGGGUGAGGAGCUGCAGUCGGACCGGGAUGAGACUGGUGCCUACCUAAUAGACCGGGACCCCACUUACUUUGGACCUAUCCUGAAUUUUCUCCGUCAUGGGAAGCUGGUCUUGGAUAAAGAUAUGGCUGCAGAGGGGGUCCUAGAAGAAGCUGAAUUCUAUAACAUUGGUCCUUUAAUCAGGAUAAUCAAAGAUCGGCUGGAGGAGAAGGACUACACGGUAACUCAGGUGCCUCCUAAGCACGUCUACCGUGUGCUGCAGUGCCAGGAAGAGGAGCUCACUCAGAUGGUUUCCACUAUGUCAGACGGAUGGCGCUUCGAGCAGCUUGUGAACAUUGGCUCAUCCUAUAGCUACGGGAACGAGGACCAGACAGAGUUCCUGUGCGUGGUCUCCAAAGAGCUGUACAACUCCCCCAAUGGCCUGAGCUCUGAGCCCAGCCACAAAGCCAAGAGCACAGAGGAGGACGCGGAGGAAGAAGAGCAGGAGGUGGAGGAGGAGGCAGAGGCAGAAGCAGAGGAGAGAGGUGCAGCAAAUCCUUGAGGAAAAUGAUAAAAAUAACCCCCCAAGCGUAGACUCGUCCACCUUUCUGCUGCUACAAGCCAGAGGCCUGAGGAUGUGACCCCAACGCUCCCGCUCCAGCCUUUUCCUUUCUUCUGUAUAGCUUUAUUUUUGUACUGCAGCGUAUGGCAGCCCCAUUGCCCCACAGUCACACCUCCUCCUCCACCCCCUUCACUCCUCACACUAAGCCAUUCUUUUUUUACAAACUCCCGUCGGUGGCUUGAGCCUUGGGCCCCGGAGGAGGGCAGAUGCUCCGGAGGAGGGCAGAUGCUCCGUGGAGGCCGUUGCAGGGGCUGGAGCCCACGUCCCCCUGCCAGGCCUUGCAGGGUGACAUUCCUUAGUGUCACAGUGUCCUCUGCUGGGGACAUCGGUAAUCAGACACUGCAGCCUGAGCAGGUCCCUUCCUGAGCGGCCUGGAUACCACCAAGGACCCGAGGUGGUGGCAGCUGCUGAAGGACCAGUCCUCACCCUCUCUCUGUCACAGGCAGCUGGUCUGGGCUUGUGGCCAAAGGGCAAAUGCUGAGCUGCGGCCCUUUUCUUGGCCAGCCACACUGCUCGUGGUCGUGGGGUGUCCUUGUGCUGGUUGUCACGCUUCUCUCAGUGCCUCCCUCCCUGUCCCCAGAGCAGCCCUGUGUCGGCAGGGUGAGGAGGAGCCAGGCAUGCUGCCCGGGUCUCAGCCAGCACCAGCAGAUCCCUGCCUUGCUGCUGUGUCUGAAGACACCAGGUUGUAACCCCCGAAUAAAAUCCAGUCUGUUCCUC